CAGUGCUGGGGGCACGGAGGGAUAGCUCGGGCUCCUGCUGAUGGUGAGGAUGAUGCGGUGAGAGUGUGUGCCUGGCAUCUGCGUGGCGGAGUGUCAGCCCGAGCUCUGGCUGUGCAGGCGCUGCCGCUGCUGCUGCUGCUACUGCUGUGUGAGCCUGUUACUCCAUCCUGGAUUGCUAUUUUGAUACUCAGAUUGCAUCAUUCUUCCUACGUAUAAACAGGGGGGUCCCCAGGGCCCCGCAGCUACUCACUUCCCCACCAACACUGUUGUUGUGAUGAGCUCUAUUUAAAUGAGCUGCUGGGUCGGGCAGGUUCCAGCCACACAUGAGCACUGUCAUUCUGGGGAACAUGGAGGCUGAAGGAUUUCUGGACCGAGUCCUAACAGGCUGAGAGUGAUGGCCUCUCGAGCUGUGCAGAGGACGACAGAGCUAGUUCCUGAAAGUUGAAAAUCUCAUUCUCUUCCUUCUGAGCUUUUGUGCCAAGGCACCCAGAGGGCUAGGAGGGAGGUGCAGCUAGCAAGAGAGCCGCCUCUUUGAGGUCUCCCUCUCGAUGUUCAGUUUGGGAAAAUUGCUGCAGAGCAUUCAAGAUAAACAGGAGCAGGAGGAGUCAACCAAGCCCUUUCCUGCAGGAGCAUCUCAGAGCUCGUCUCCUGUCCCAGGUGUAACCGAGUGUACCUUACCAGAGAUGUGACUGAGAAGCUUUUACUACAGUGCUUCUCCGCUGGGCAGUCCGAGAUGGCCAGGAACUGCUCCGAGUGCAAGGAGAAGAGGGUGGCCCACAUCCUCUGUACCUACUGCAACCGCUGGCUGUGCAGCUCUUGCACAGAAGAGCACCGUCACGGGCCUGCCCCCGGGGGCCCUCUCUUUCCUCGAACCCCGAAGGGGCCUCCAGGAGUGAACAGCGCCUCUGGGGACUUCACCUUGUACUGUCCUCUGCACACACAAGAAGUGCUCAGGCUCUUCUGCGAGACCUGUGACGUGCUCACAUGCCACAGCUGCCUCAUGGUGGACCACAAGGAACACAGGUGCAGACAUCUUGAAGAAGUUUUGCAAAACCAGAGAAUGCUUCUGGAAAGUGUAACUACACAAGUGGCACAUAAGAAAUCCAGUCUACAAACAUCUGCAAAGCAAAUCGAGGACAGGAUUUUUGAGGUGAAGCACCAGCACAGGAAGGUGGAAAACCAGAUCAAAAUGGCCAAGAUGGUUCUGAUGAAUGAGUUGAACAAGCAGGCCAACGGGCUCAUAGAGGAACUGGAGGGCAUUACGAACGAGAGAAAGCGGAAGCUGGAGCAGCAGCUGCAGAGCCUCAUGGUUCUCAACCGGCAGUUUGAACAUGUGCAAAAUUUCAUCAACUGGGCCGUCUGCAGCAAGACCAGCAUUCCUUUCCUUUUCAGCAAAGAACUGAUUGUGUUUCAGAUGCAGCGAUUGCUGGAGACAAACUGUAACACAGACCCAGGCUCCCCUUGGAGUAUCAGGUUCACCUGGGAACCUAACUUCUGGACCAAGCAGCUGGCUUCCCUUGGCUGCAUAACCACUGAAGGUGGACAGCUGUCCCGGGCAGAAACUCCUGCUUACGGAGGCGUGCAGGGCCCAUCAUCCCUCUAUCACAGCCACCAGUCCCCAGUGGCACAACAAGAGACUCUCAGCCACUCCUCUCACAAGUUCCAGCCUUCCGCUGUGUGUUCCUCGUCUGUGUGCUGCUCCCACUGCGCCCCAGUCUCACCCUCGCUCAAAGGCCAGGUGCCCCCCCCCAGCGUGCACCCAGCCCACAGCUUUAGGCAGUCUGCUGAGCUGGCACCCCAACAGCUGGGGCCCCUGCAGUGCUCCCCCCUGCUGCCCAGGGAGAAAGAGCCAGUCUGCACCCCUCACCCACCAAAGCUGCUGCAACCCUGGCUGGAGACCCAGCCCUCCACGGAGCUGGAGAGCACAGCACAGAGGCUGGGACAGCCGCUGGCAUCCCAGCCGGUGUGCAUAGUGCCCCCGCAGGAUGUCCAGCUGGGGACCCACGCCCAGCCCACCUUACAGACACCCUCCAUCCAAGUCCAGUUCGGCCACCACCAGAAGCUGAAGCUCAGCCACUUUCAGCAGCAUCCGCCGCCCCCGCCGCCGCCCCCGCCACCCCCCCAGCAGCCACCACCCCCACCCCCACCUCCACCCCAACAUCUGGCUUCUGGUCAGCACGAGAGCCCCCCUGCACCUGCCUGUUCCCAGAACGUGGACAUAAUGCACCACAAGUUUGAGCUGGAGGAGAUGCAGAAGGACCUGGAGCUUCUCCUUCAGGCUCAACAGCCCAGCCUGCAGCUGAGCCAGACCAAAUCACCACAGCACCUGCAGCAGACCAUCGUGGGGCAGAUCAACUACAUCGUCAGGCAGCCGGCUCCUGUCCAGUCCCAGAGUCAGGACGACUCCGUGCAGGCUGCAGAUGAGCCCCCAGUAUCUGAAGGCCCCAAACCAGCUCUCCCUCUGGAUAGGAAUGUUGCUGCUACCCUGCCCCAGGCCUCUGGGGAAGAGACUCCUCACAGUGCCCCCUCCCUGGACAGCACCAUCCAGCACUCCUCUUCGAAUGUGGUGAGAAAGCACUCCACUUCAGUGAGCAUCAUGGGAUUUUCCAAUACACUAGAGAUGGAGCUGUCAUCAACCAGGCUGGCGAGAACCCUAGAGCCACAGAUCCAGAGUGUCAGCGGCCUGACAGCUGGGCCCCCCCAAGCAGUACCAAGCCUGCUGAACAGCCCCCCACCAACUGUGUCAGGCCUGACAAACAGUCAAACCCAGGCCAUGCCUAGCCUGUCAGCCAGCCACCUGCAGACCGUGCCCGGCCUUCUGCGUGGCACAUCCCAUUUGGUGCCCAACCUGAGGAGUGACUCCUCCCAGGCCACUACAAGCCUGGCAAGUGAUCACUGUCAGCCUGCGUCCAGCCUGACCUCCAGCCCCACUCAGGCGGUGCCAGGACUGGCAACCUGUCCUCUGCAGAGCUUGUCUCCAGCACCUGACACACAGCCAGAAAGUGGGUCGGGCUCCAGUGCCAGCUCCGACAGAGCUACGGGCGACCUGUGCCCUGGGGAUGGAGCUGAACCCUCCUUGGCGAAUGCCCUUUGUAAGAUGGAAAGUGAAGAUUCCACCCGCUUCAUUGACUCUCUGGGACAAGGCCCUGUAGCCCCUGGUCAGAAGAUUUCAAAAGACUUGACUAUUUCCUCAGAACUGGAGGAGCCAAUCAACCUCUCUGUGAAGAAAUCCUCGCUGGUUCCAGUUGUCAGCACAUCUACAGCUCUGCAGCAUUACCGGAACCCAAAAGAGUAUGACAGUUUCGAACAAGGAGCCCUACAGCUAGACACAAAGGAGAAACAGAACAUCAGGCCCUUUACCAGUGAGCCCAAGAUCCCCUACGUGCGGCUAGAGCGACUCAAGAUCUGUGCUGCCUCUUCGGGAGAGAUGCCUGUGUUCAAGCUGAAGCCACACAAGAGUAGUCAGGACGGGAGCUUCCUGCUGAUCAUUGAGUGUGGUAGCGAGUCCUCCAGCAUGUCCAUCAAGGUCAGUCAGGAUAACGUCAGUGAUGCCAUCCAGACCCCAAGUCUGGGGGGAAGAAAGGUCACUGUCACUUCUCUGACUGGGAACCAGCCCCCAGAGGAAGAGGGUAUACCCGCUGAAGAACAUAGACUCACCCCUCGAGCCCCAGGAGCUAAGAAGGGCCCCCCGGCACCGAUAGAGAACGAGGACUUCUGUGCUGUGUGUCUCAACGGAGGGGAGCUGCUGUGCUGCGACCGCUGCCCCAAGGUGUACCACCUUUCCUGCCACCUGCCGGCCUUGCUCAGCUUCCCAGGGGGAGAUUGGGUGUGCACCUUGUGCCGCAGCCUGACCCAGCCUGAGCUGGAGUACGACUGUGAGAAUGCCCGCUACAACCAGCCUGGAGUGCGGGCUGUCCCUGGCCUGAGCGCGUAUGACCAGAAGAAGUGUGAGAAGCUGGUCCUGUCCUUGUGCUGCAAUAGCCUCAGCCUGCCCUUCCAUGAGCCUGUCAGCCCGCUGGCUCGGCACUACUACCAAAUCAUCAAGAGGCCCAUGGACCUGUCGAUCAUCCGGAGGAAGCUGCAGAAGAAGGACCCUGCUCGCUACACCACUCCCGAGGAGGUGGUGUCAGAUGUGCGCCUUAUGUUCUGGAACUGCGCUAAGUUUAACUAUCCUGACUCGGAAGUCGCAGAGGCUGGCCGCUGCCUGGAAGUGUUCUUUGAGGGCUGGCUGAAGAAGAUCUACCCGGAGAAACGGUUUGCCCAGCCAAGGCAGGAGGACUCAGACUCCGAGGAGGCGUCCAGUGAGAGCGGCUGCUCUACUCCACAGGGCUUCCCGUGGCCCCCUUAUGUGCAGGAAGGCAUCCAGCCCAAGAGGCGGCGGCGGCAUAUGGAGAACGAAAAAGCAAAGAGGAUGUCAUUUCGCCUGACCAACAGCAUCUCCCAGGUGUGAGAUCCAGAAGGAGCCCGAGCAUUUGGCCACCUGCGUGCCAUCCUGUUGACCACUCCUCCCCACCUUUCAGCUCAUUGUCUUCAGGUUGUGGAUAUGAGACAAGUCUUGUCGA